AUGCUUGCUGAACCUUUUGCAUAUGAGAACAGGUUGGAAAUGUUGAAAUAUAGACUGAAGUUCGAACACAGUUUCUCCAAUCAGUGUGCUGGUGGGAAACUUUGGGUGCUUUGGGGAGGUGGCUUACAUAUCACAGUCACUAAUUUUAGCUCCCAACACAUCACCAUUUCAUUGGUUAUAAAUUCUCAACGUUAUUUCAUAUCAGUAGUUUAUGCCAGAUGCAGUUAUUUGGAAAGGCGAGAACUCUGGAGGUCGUUACAACUGGAUGCCGUGCAAGACACUCCUUGGCUAUGCCUUGGAGAUUUUAACAUUAUUCGUAGGGAGGAGGAGAGAAGAGGCGGGAGACCUCGUUUGAGGAUUGCUAUGGAUGAUUUUAAUGAGUUUAUUGAUAAUUGUGGACUCAUGGAAAUGAAGUAUUUAUCUCGCACGACAUCUGACCACGCCCCAAUGUCUUUUGUUCUAAAAUCCCCUCAUACUCGGUAUGGUCCCACCCCCUUUAAGUUCCAACAAAUGUGGGCUUCUCAUGAGAACUUCAAAGAUGUGGUAAAAAAUGCAUGGAACGACCCAAUUGUGCCCAGGGGUAUUUUCAGUUUGACUACCAAAUUGAAGAAAAUGAAAGGGAUUUUAAAGGAAUGGAACUGGCGGGUUUUCAGGCACACUGAAACCAACAUACAGAAUCUAGAGAAGCAGAUUGAGGAUUUAGAAAACCAACUUCAGAUUGGUUUCUCGAAAUCUAUUGAAUCAGAUUUGUUAGUUGCUAAAGAAAAUCUUGGUACAUGGCUUCAGAGAGAAGAGAUCAGACUAAACCAACAGGCAAAGCUUAACUGGACAGAAAAAGGGGAGGCAUCGGCACAAUUCUUCAGGACCUAUGUCGCACGAUCCAAGCCUGUGGUUCAGGAAAUGAGACUUCGAGAUGGUUCACAUUUGACCACCUCGGAAUCCAUUCAUUUAGGUGCGGUGGACUUCUUUAGCUCAUUUCUUCAAGCGAGACCUCAUAAAGAUCUCCCAAAUUUGUCGGCCUAUGUUCAGACCACUAUUCUAGAGGAGGAGAAUGAUAGCCUCCUAAAGCUCACUUCGAUCCAAGAGGUAAAAGAGGCUAUGUUUUCCAUCCCCGUAGAUAGUAGUCCUGGCCCUGAUGGGUUUGGCUCAGGAUUCUAUAGAGUGUGCUGGGAUUUGGUUGAAGCUGAUGUGGUGGCAGCAGUCAGAGACAUGUACAGUGGGGUCCCAAUGCCAAGAUUCUACUCAGCUUCGUACAUCGCUCUCAUUCCGAAAAUGCAACAACCCACAGCUUUUGAUAAGUUUCAACCCAUAAGUUUGUGUUCGGUCAUUUACAAGGUAUUUGCAAAAAUUCUGGUGCGACGGAUUUCCCCUAUCCUAAACAGAAUUAUAUCUCCUGAACAAGAGGCCUUCUUGCCAGGGAGAAGCAUCUUUGAAAAUAUCACUUUGGCCCAAGAAAUGAUUCACAUGAUAAACAGAAAGGUCCGUGGGGGAAAUGUACUCAUCAAAGUGGACAUAGCCAAAGCGUACGAUAGUCUUGACUGGGAUUUCUUACUACAUGUUAUGACAUCUUUUGGCUUCUCUACCCGGUUCUGUGAAUUAAUCAGACAAUAUAUUUCGACUCCAUGGUUCUCAGUGGUUAUGAAUGAGUCUGCUAAAGGUUUCUUCCCCAGUGGUCGUGGACUGCGCCAAGGUGACCCUUUGUCCCCUUACUUGUUCAUUCUAGUUCAAGAAAUCCUAUCUCGCUUGCUAAAACAUAAUUUUGAGAUGGAGAAAAUUGCACCUUACUCCCACCCUCGGGGCACACCCCUAGUCUCCCAUUUAUUUUAUGUUGAUGAUAUUGUGGUCUUUGCAAAAGGGGGUAGAGCCUUCUUGCAAGCCAUUUCUGAUGUAUUUGCCUUUGGAAGGAUAAAGGUGUCUUAUUUUGAGGAUUUACUAAACCGUAUCCGUGAUCGUCUAGAGGGGUGGCAAAAUAGGAUUCUAUCAGCUGGUGCUCGUCUCCUUUUACUACGCCAUAUGGUAUCAAGCAUCCCGGUUCACCUACUCUCAGUGUUACAUGCUCCCAAGAAAGUGGUCUCCUUGCUAAACAGGAUUAUGAGCAAUUUUUUCUGGGGUACCUCAAAUGGCAAACAGAAGCGUAAAUGGGUGGCUUGGCAAAAGGUGUGUAUGCCGACCAAGGAAGGGGGGCUGGGACUAAGAAAAUUUGAAGAAGUUCAGUCUUCCCUAUUCAUGAAGCUUGCUUGGAACCUGUUGUCUCGUGACUCUCUAUGGGCAAAUUUUUUCAGGAAAAAAUACUGUAAGGGAGAGCAUGUGACUUUAGUUGAUAACACUAAAGGAUCACCUCUUUGGAAAUGUAUAAUGACUAUGGUUCCGAAUAUUCUUAAUAAUGCUUGGUGGGGGAUUAAGGAAGGACAAGUUUCCUUUUGGCGGGAUCCCUGGUUAAAGUCUGGCCCUUUGGUGGAGUCUUGCGAGAUGAGUGCACAACCAUCUUUAAAGGUAAGGGAGUGCAGAAUUCAGAAUGGUUGGGAUGUGGAUUUGCUAAUAAACUUGGUGGGGGAAACAAAAGCAGAAGAAAUUCUAAAUAGCCUAGGGGCACACAAAGAAGGCACUGAUGUGCUAAUUUGGAAACCGGCCUUGAAUGGAGUUUUCUCAUCUAACCUUAGUGUUGAUGAUCGCUUUCGAAACUUGGGAAUUCCCCUAGCUUCUAGAUACGAGUGUUGUGAGCAUGGGUGUAUAGAAGAUCAAGACCAUGUCCUUGCUAUAGGGAAGACUGCUUCGUACAUAUGGAGACGCGCUUUUAUUCUUAUGGGCAUGCCGUAUGCCCAUAGGAGACAGUGGAAGGAAAAUAUGGAACUAUGGUUUCGCAAAGCAUCCCAUUCAACCCAAAAAGGUACGCUUCUUGGCAUUGUUCCUAGUAUUAUAACCUGGUCUCUUUGGGUUUGGAGAUGUAAAGCUCGUAUGGAAAGGAAGACGCAAAAUGGAGAUCGAUUGUGGGGGACUAUAAAAGCUGCCUUAGCUUGGGUUGGUUUAAGAUUACGCACUAGCAAAAAGUUUAAUGAUGGGGAUGACAAAGUCUUACAAAACCUUGGUAUCCCGAUGAAAGUGGGACUUAGUCCGUCACCUUGUUUGGUGAAAUGGAACAAGCCAAGUGUGGGGUGGGCUAAACUUAAUGUGGAUGGGAGCUAUUUAGGCAACCAGGGUCAGAUGGGCGCUGGUGGCCUAAUUAGUGAUGAUAAGGGUCGUAUAAUGUUGGCCUACGCAAAAGAGAUGGAGGUUGGGACCAAUAAUGAAGCCGAACUACGAGCUUUAUAUCAUGGGCUAAAAUAUUGUAAGGACUUAGCACUUGAGAAAGUAGAGAUCGAAGUGGACUCCUUGUUAGUUGCAAAUUGGUUGAGAGGAGGGAGAUGUAGCAUAUGGUACCUUGAAGUGGACAAAAGUGGACAAAAUGGGUCUGUUUGCCCUCAGAAAGUAAAACCCGGUUCUUAUUUUGGCCUUUUCCACAUGCUGGGAUGUGGCUGUUUGUUGUUGGUUUUGGCUUUAGCUUAA